CAGGUGUUGAUGUAUUAUCAUCCAUUAUUUCAUCUUGUUCCUGGAUACUUUCCCGCGCUGCCACGACAACAGAAUGUCGCGUUGCCGCCGGAUGUACGUAUAUUUCCUCCAAUGGUUGCACCACGUCCUUAUCAAUUUCAAUCGACUGAGGGGUGUCAUUUGCAUGACUAUGUUCUAAAAUUGGAAUAA